AUGAAUCCCGAGCCCAUUGAGAUGAAAAGCGGCUCUGCCAUAGUUCAGCCAACCCAGAAUGAUGGGGACAGCAAUCAUGGCGGUGGAAAAACGCCACGCCUGGAGAGGUAUCUUAGCCCUCUGUCCAUGUUGGCAUUCUCAGCGACCUUGCUCGCGUCGUGGGAGGCGCUGGCCGGAGGUUUGGCCGCAGGACUUCUGAACGGCGGCCCAGCGUCGCUCAUAUAUGGCAUGCUGCUCACGAUGAUCUGCGGCACUGCCCUGGCUGCUUCGAUGGGGGAACUGGCCUCGAUUCUCCCUGUUGCUGGAGCCCAGUACCAUUGGACCUACCGUUUUGCGCCCAUUGCGCCUCGAUUCUUCAGCUUUGUACAAGGUAGGUAG